GGGCCGAAGCGGAAGGGCCUAGCGCGGCGCUGGCCGCCCUCGCCGCCUCCCCGGCUGCGCUCUCGUCGUGGCCGCGCCGCCUUCGUCGCCCCUAGGAGUAGGACGGAACAAAGGGAAGGAGCCGCUCCGGCUGCGCGAUGGUGGGCAUCCCGGGAACCUCCCAGUUCGCGAGUGAGAAGAGGGUGCCAGUAAUGCCAGGAUCCCCUGUGGAAGUGAAGAUACAGUCGAGAUCCUCGCCAUCCGGCAUGCCGCCAUUGCCGCCUGUCAACCCUGGUGGACCCCGGCCUGUCUCAUUUACUCCAGCAGCAUUACCCAAUGGAAUGAACCAUUCUCCACCGACGCUGAAUGGAGCACCGUCACCCCCUCAGAGGUUCAGCAAUGGCCCUGCCUCAUCAUCUUCAUCUUCACUGACCAACCAGCAGCUUCCAGCUACCUGUGGGGCUCGUCAGCUCAGCAAACUCAAACGCUUCCUGACCACCCUCCAGCAGUUUGGCAACGACAUUUCACCAGAGAUUGGGGAGAAAGUCCGCACCCUUGUUCUGGCAUUAGUGAAUUCUACCGUGACAAUAGAGGAAUUUCACUGCAAACUCCAGGAGGCUACCAAUUUCCCUCUUCGUCCAUUUGUGAUUCCAUUCUUGAAGGCCAACCUUCCCCUUCUGCAGAGGGAGCUGCUGCAUUGUGCUCGGGCAGCCAAACAGACCCCUUCCCAAUACCUGGCCCAGCAUGAGCACAUCUUGCUGAACACAAACACUGCGUCCCCAGCUGACUCUUCAGAGCUGCUGAUGGAAGUGAAUGGAAACGGAAAGAGGCACAGUCCAGACAGGAGGGAAGAAAACAGCUUUGAGAGAGAGCCGCUCCCAUCAGAGCCUCCUGCCAAGAGGGUGUGCACCAUUAGUCCAGCACCUCGCCACAGCCCGGCUCUGAUGUUGCCCGUCAUUAAUCCAGCGGGGCAGUUUCAUCCUACUCCACCCCCACUCCAGCAUUACACCCUGGAAGACAUUGCAACAUCCCAUUUGUACAGAGACCCAAGCAAGGCAUUGGAGCAUAGAGAAUUGCGAGAUAGACAUGGUAUAGGGUUAAACGGAGGCUAUCAGGAUGAACUCGUGGACCAUCGCCUAACAGAGAGAGAGUGGGCUGAUGAAUGGAAGCAUCUUGAUCAUUUGCAGGAGGAAAUACAUUUUCUAACAGCUUCUUCAAACGCUGUUCUUUCCUCUCUCUGGAAGGCAUUGAAUUGCAUCAUGGAAAUGGUCGAGAAGACCAGGCGCUCUAUGGCCGUUCUCCGCCGUUGUCAGGAGGCUGAUAGAGAAGAGCUCAACUAUUGGAAGAGGCGAUGCAGUGAAACCACAGAGCCACGGAAAGGAGGGAGUGACUUAAUCACGAGGCAACAUAGCCCAGGGAGUUCAGACUCCAUUAACAGUGAUUCUCAGCGGGAGUUCAGCAGCAGGUCAGGAGCAGCCGGUUAUGUCACCGAAGAGAUAUGGAAAAAGGCUGAAGAAGCUGUGAAUGAAGUGAAGCGCCAGGCCAUGUCCGAAGUCCAAAAAGCUGUAGCAGAGGCCGAGCAGAAGGCAUUUGAAAUGAUUGCAUCUGAGAGAGCCCGCAUGGAACAGACCAUUGCCGAUGCAAAACGCCAGGCUACAGAAGAUGCUUUCCUAGUCAUCAAUGAACAGGAGGAGUCUACAGAGAGCUGCUGGAACUGUGGGCGCAAAGCCAGCGAGACCUGUAGCGGCUGCAACAUUGCCCGCUACUGUGGCUCCUUCUGCCAGCACAAAGAUUGGGAGAGGCACCACCGAAUCUGUGGGCAGGGCUUACACAGCCAAGUCAAACCAACCCCUAUACCAGCAGGCCGAUCCGCAGCUGCCACCACCCUCAAAGCAGUCGAUGCAGUAGCAAGUCCGGCUCUAGAGAAAACAUCGGCCGCCACUUCUCGAUCCUCCACCCCAGCCUCCGUGACAGCAAUAGACAGUAACGCACUCUAAAAAAAGAGAUGAUUGCGCACAACACAGUUUAUUAGUUUUCUACAUUGAAAAACAAAUGCCUCAAAAUGUUGAAGAAGGUUUGUACUCCAGCACAUUGGCGCUCAGGCUUAUGUUGUUUGGGGGCAUUUUCCAUACCAUUAUAAUGUCAUUUUUAGGAGUCCAUGUUAGCCUACCUUGGUGGGAUCUCAGAACGGUCUUCCUGGGACCCUGAGGACUUUGGCCUAUUGUUUCAUUUUAUCCGAACUUUCUCAAAAUGGUACUCUCACCUGAGGUUCUAACAAGAUAGUUGUUCGUUUUACCACAAAGCAGAGCUUGCCUCAGCAUCCUCUUCUCUCAUCUUUGGUAUGCAAUCUGACCAUUAUUUGAAUUUUUUUCUCAGGCAAAAGUGAAUCAAGUGAAAUGAGAUGUAAGUAAGCUUGAUUCUUAGUUUUAGCUAUUUCCACUCCUUCCGCUAUCUGAGACUAUAUUUAUUGAUUCCCCCACCCCUCUCUCAAGUUGGACACAUGGAAAAAAGGGGGGGCGGAGGCACAAGGAUGCUAUUUUUGUUUGCUGAAAGGAGGAUUUAAAACUACUUCAUGUAAUGACUCAGCAGCCGUCCCCACUUGUUGAUCCAUUUUAAUUCCUUACAGUUAUGCACAAGCUGCUUAAGAAUCUGUCUAUGGGCCGCAACAGAUUGAAAUGUUUCAUCCAAAGAUAUUUACAAAAGGGAUUGGUGGUCUUUCCCCCAGAUCCAAUUGGUUUGUCUCAUAACACCAAGGUAUUAUUUACUUACACACACACACACACACACACACAGAGAGAGAGAGAGAGAGAGAGAGAGAGAAGUUGUUGACUUUAAAUGUUUGAGAUUCAUUGAUAUAUAAAUUUUGUAAACUGCUUUCACGUUGCAUAUACAUUAAAUAAAUAAAAUAACAGGACUCGACCCCCCACCAGACAUGGUUUAUUCCAACAGUUUUGCUACCACCUGGUCUCUCAGUGUAUGUGAGCUAAGUUAAAUAAAGUUCAAGUUGCAAAUAACAGAUUUCACGAACAUCCAAGGCCAAUGGGAUCUUUAAACUGAUGCCUCCAGCUAGGGAUCCUGUGCAUUGAAAACCAAGGAAUGUGACUUUACCAACGCAUUUGGCUACGUUCCUGAGUUGUGAGGCCUCCCUGUUGCAUCUUUAGCAACCUGCCUGUUCACUUCAGGGCAUUCGAAAGCAUGUCACUGGGAGGACACUUGAAAAGAA